ACAAUCAAAUUUUCUCGACGAAGGUAGAGGGUUGCAUAAUUUUAUUUGGAGCAGCAUUUAAGGCUUUCGAGAUGUUCCGGGCCGAAAAGCUGCUUAGAAAUGUUACCAGAGGGUCAAAUUGUUGGAAUCGUGUGCAAAUUCGCCGCAAAACUCAAGAUGUAUUCGCGUGGAAGAUGGAUGGCGCUUCGAAAGAUAUCCCUUUCAUAGUUGUACAGAGCCCAUACACUGUAAAAAUACAGCCAGUGAAUCCUAUGGAGGUUAUAGAAAACGUUGAUACUGAUGGUCAGUCUGUGAAGGGAAAUGUUUACUUAGAAACAGACGACGAGGGCGAUCUUGCGCCAGAUUUAAAGAAUUCAUUUCUGAAAGAUAUUGAGUUCAACGUGCGACCAGUCAGCUCCAAUUCCAAGGACUAUUUGGAGGUUUUACUGAGAUUCAUGUUGAGGAAGGGAACAUAUCAAUUGGUUCAACUUCUGGUCAAUUGGAAGCUUUUACAGGAAGAGGCAGCAUAGAUGUAAACUUAUCUCAACAUGAGGAUGUAAAGCUAAACACAAAGGAAGGUGACAUUACCAUCAAGUGUCUGCAGGAAUCCUUUUCUUCAGAGUUCUUGGUGAAGUCAAAUCAUAUUCACGUCGAUUCAAACAUUAAUGUCGUCAUUGACGAAGAACGUGCAGAGGGGAACCAAACCGUCAUGGCGGGAAAACUUAACAAACAAGACAAGGGGGAGGAACAGAUAAAAAUGAUCAAUGCGGAAGCAAAACUCGGUACUGUGAAGUUUGAGAAGGAAGACUGGUUUACUUCUCUCAAAUUGAGUUGAUAUCAUUGUGUAAUAAACUGGGAAUUUCCAACGAUGAAUUAAAUGAAACGAUAGGGAUUUUAAUUUUU